UGGGAAAAAGCGAAGAAGAGGGGGAGACCCUGAGGGGUUCCGGGGAAGCCGUCAUGACCACCUUCCAAACCAAGAAGGAUCCUCUCCUCCGGGGUGUAUCACCCACCCCGAGCAAGAUUCCGGUUCGCUCAAAGAGAUGCCCGCCUCUCCCCACACGCAAGCCCUGCGACUUGGAACGGGAGAACCAAGAUCCAAAGAGAUUGGAGCAGAAGUUCAGUACUCAACGUCCCCUUGUUGACUCAGCAGGCCACAGGCCAAAAGUCACACAUCAAACACAAAAAUCAGAGAGAUUGGUGGGGAGCACUCUGCUUCGGAAACCAUUGGAGGAGCUGAGGCCUAGCCCUAAGGAGCAAAGUGUGGGGCCUGGGCCCCCUCCCCAGAAAGAGAUUCCAGGGGUCAUAGAGUUUGUGGCUGACCCUGAGGCCCUGGCUACCAUCCUGUCAGGUGAGGGGGUGCAGAGCUGUCGCCUGGGGCGCCAGCCCAGUCUGGCUCAGAGAGUACUGGUUCGAGAGAGCCAGGGAGGCACCAUCCGGAGGGGCCAGGGUACCCGCGCCUCUGCAUAUUUGGCUCCCAGAACCCCCCAAAACCGACUAGACCCUGCCAGGGCUUCCUGCUUUUCGAGGCUAGAGGGACCAGGACCCCGCAGCUGGACCUUGUGCCCCCAGAAGCUAGAGGCGGUGAUUCCACCUUCAGGACCUUCCUUUCACUCCUCUGCUCGCCCCAGCUUCCAGGAGCUAAAAAGAGAGACAGGUGGCAGCAGCCGGACUGCAGUGAGCCAGGCCUCGGGAUUGCACCUGGAGACCCCAGACCAGCGUGCUUCCUCUGUCCUGGAAGGAGAACAUGAAGUAGUCACUCACUCAGAUGAAGGAGGAAGGGGCCCUCCUGGUCUGGCCCAGUGGGUUCCAUUAAGAGAUAGCCGGGGGCUAACCCACACCAAGGACAGCCGUGACGGCCACCUGAUGCCCUCCCCUGGCCCUGGGCUGCUACCAUCCAUCCCCCGCCCAUCCCCCUUUGGAUUGGCCAAGCGUGUUCCCUCCCCUGCCUCCUCAGCUCCGCCCUCAUAUUCAGUGUUGCGGCGUCUUGCCAUUCGCCCCAAAACCCAGUUCACACCCAUCCCAUCGGCCCCCAAGGCUCAGCAGGUAAGAGAGGGCAGGGGAGGUAGCUGGUAUAGGAAGGGAAUGGAUGGGUAUAGGAAGAGUUAUGAUAUCUCACUUUUGUCCCAGGCUCAGUGUUUGAGUGGCCUCUCUCCUCAGUCUUGCCCUGAAGAGCCUGCCCUGCCCUGGGAGCAGAUUGCAGUCCGGCUAUUUGACCAGGAGAGUUGUAGAAGGUUACAGGAGGGGUCUGGGAAACCGCCUGUGGCAACUCCUCAUGGACCCCACCCUAGUAGAACUCCCAACCUCCAAGAGCUGAAGAUGCAGCGCAUCAGUAUCCUGAAGCAGCUUUUGCAACAGGAGGUAGACGGGCUGGCAGGGAGCAAGUGUGCCCCCUCUAACGGAGGCUCCUCUCUGGAUAUGGUUGAACUUCAGUCCCUGCUGGCAGAGAUUCCUAGAACUCUGAACGCCCCAGAGCAGAAUUCUGGGGCUUUCCGCCUUCCUGAACUGUUACAGCACUCUGGACUGCCAAAGCCCUGCUUUCCAGAGGAGUGUGGGGAACCACAGCUGUGCCCUGGAGCAGAGCCUGAGGCAGCUCAGCCCUGCCCUCCGGUAGAGCCAGGGCCCCCAGAGCCCUGCCAUAGGAGGGAGCCUGAGAUACCAGAGCCUACCACCCAGAAGCAGCCUGAGGUAUCUGAGGCUUGCCCUCCUGUAGAGCCUGGAUCCGUUCAGGCCUGCCUCCAGAGGCAGACUGUUCUUCCAGAGCCCUCCCCUCGGGUAGAGCCGGAGGCAUCAGAGGUCUGCUCUCUGGAACCUAGGAGUACAGGGCCUAGUCCACAGUCCUGCUGCGGUCAGUGGGCUCCAGCGACCACCAGUGUGAUCUUCUCCUCUCAACGCCCACUUUGUGCCAGCCCCACUAUCCACUCACUCCAGUCUCUGAGGCCCCCAACAGGCCAGGCAGGCCCCAGCAGUCUGGCUCCUCGAACCCUGGCCCUGAGGCAGCGCCUCAAAGCAUGCCUGACCGCUAUCCACUGCUCCCAUGAGGUGCGCCUGGAUGAUGAGUGUGCCUUCUACACCCGCCGAGCCCCUCCCUCCGGCCCCUCUCGUGUCUGCACCAAUCCAGUGGCCAAGUUAUUGGACUGGCAGGAUGCCCUGUGUUUUAUUCCAAUUGGUUCUGCCGCCCCUCCGGACUCUCCGACAUGAGGCACCCACUUCCACCCGUUCCUGCCCUGUCUUAAUCCUUCCUUUUAGCCCUUAUUUAUUGUCGGUCCACCCUAUGGGAUUGGGAGUCUGGGAGUCGACACCCUUUUAUCCUUCAAUAAAGUUUCUAAAGUG